UUUAGACCAAAAAAAGUCUGUUAUAUCUUUUUUUUAGCCUCGCCUAAAUGAACGUCAUUUCCCGUACCUCGGUGUCUUCCGUCCGUCGCGCGCAUGCACAGGCCUCUUUACGACUCGGCUGGCAAAGAUGGCGGAUGCACAAACCGAGAGAUCCUAUCAGAAGCAGCCUACCAUCUUCCAGAACAAAAAGCGUGUUCUGAUCGCAGAUGGUGGCAAGGAGACCAAGGAAAAGCUUCCUCGCUACCACAAGAGUGUUGGGCUGGGCUUCAAAACACCAAGAGAGGCUAUUGAAGGCACCUACAUUGACAAGAAAUGCCCCUUCACUGGAAAUGUUUCCAUCCGUGGCCGUAUUCUCUCUGGUGUGGUGACCAAAAUGAAGAUGCAGAGGACCAUUGUCAUCAGACGUGACUACCUGCAUUACAUCCGCAAGUACAACCGCUUUGAGAAGAGGCACAAGAACCUCUCGGUCCAUCUGUCACCUUGCUUUAGAGACGUCACAGUUGGAGACAUUGUGACUGUCGGGGAGUGCCGACCCCUCAGCAAGACUGUGAGAUUUAACGUCCUCAAAGUGACAAAGGCUGCUGGAGCCAAGAAGCAGUUCCAGAAGUUUUAGAUGUGACUUUGAACAAGAUGUCUGCUGUCGGCUAAUUUGUCUCAUUUUGAAAUAAAGGAAAUCUUGGCUAAAUUUCCCGGAACAGACUGAAAUAGAAAA